GAAUUAAAAGAAAAGUAAAAAAGAAAAAUACAGCUAUGCAUACAUUCCUCAAUCAAAACCCUAAUGAAUCAGACGACAUUCGCCUAUAAAACCCUCCUAAAACCCUCUUUACCUCCUCACCGCUUUCAAAAAAUUUCAAAAUCAUUCACUUCCCAAAUUGCUCCUGCGUUAAACAAUUCUUUUCGGAGAUGGAGUUUUGGGGAGUUGAAGUUAAGGUUGGGGAAAAACUUAAGGUUCAACCUAAGCCUGGAAAAUUGAUUCACAUCUCACAGGCGGCAAUGGGUGAAGUGAAGGAUGUUAAAGCGGCCAAGAAUGUUCAUCUUCGGAUGAAAAUUGAUGAUAAGGAUUUCAUCAUUGGAUCCCUUGCGGCUGAGAUUCGACCUCAACUGAUGUUUGAUUUGGUGUUUGAGAAGGACUUUGAACUAUCCCAUGACUUGAAGAAUGGUAGCGUGCAUUUCAUGGGUUACAUUGCUGAUGAUCCCGAAGAUGAGGUUGAAUUCUCUGACUUUGGUUCUGAAUCUGCUGAUGAGGAAGAACCCAUUGAAGCUAAGGAAGAAGCCAAGGAAAAUGGUAAAGCGAAGGCUAAAUCUGUGGAUGCAAAACCUGCUGCUGCUGCUGGUAAAGCACAGAAAGAAGAGAAGGUAGCACCGAAAGUGGAAGAAGAUAGCGAUGAUGACGAAGAUGAUAGUGAUGAUGAGAUGGCUUUUGAUACAAGUGACCUCUCUGGGGAUUCUGAUGAUGAAGAAGAUGAAGACUCCUCCUCUAGUGAGGAAGAGUUGCCAGUGGCAAAGCAGCAGCAGCAGUCCAAGAAGAGACCGGCUGCAUCUGCUGAGAAGAGUCCUGCAGCCAAGAAAGCUAAAUCAGCCACACCCGACAAAUCAGGUAAAAAGGGUCAGAAUGCUACUCCGUUCCCUGCAAAAUCUGCUGGAAAAACACCAAACAAGCCGAAGGAGCAAAGCCCUAAAACCGGUGGCCACGCAACUGGCAAACCAUUCAACAAAAAUUUCUCUGGGAAAGGCAAGGGUAAGCAUGGAGGCAAAUGAAGUAGUCAUGAUGAAUUUUGAUUAUUUUUCUACAUUUAUUAUACUAUGAGUUAUCACCUGCGUAGAUCCUGAUUAGAUCUAAUUUUUGGAAUUUACCUAAGUUUUGAUUCUUCCUUGUAAUGGAGGGGAGAGGAAUGUUAUGAAGCAUUUUUUUCUUAUCUUUGCUAA